AUGGGGUUGUCGAGGGUGUUGAUGGUGGCGGAGAAGCCGUCGGUGGCGGAGGCGAUAGCGAAGGCUUUGAGUCCAGGGUGUAGUAAGCAGAGUCGCGGAUCGUUACCAUUAUGGCAAUUGAAGGGUGAGUAUGAGGGUCGAGAGGCGGAGAUUCGAGUGACGAGUACGACCGGUCACAUUUUCUCGUUGGAUUUCUCAUCGGAGUACAAUGACCGGAAUCGGAUUGACGAGACUACCUUGUUUGACGCUCCUGUGAAAAAGAAGGUGGAGAGCUCGGGGGUUGUGGCAAUGUUGCAGAAGGAGGGACGCGAGGUGGACCGGUUGGUGCUGUGGUUGGACUGUGACCGUGAAGGCGAGAAUAUUUGUUACGAAGUGAUUGGGAUUGUAGGUAAGGUGAAUGCCGCGGCUGCGAAGAGUGCACGAAGGGUGAAGUUCAGCUCAUUGGUUGCGAGCGACCUUCGGCAGGCUUUUAAAACAGCGUUACGAUCUCCGAACAAAUGCGAGUCAGAUUCAGUAGAUGCACGUCAAGAAUUGGACUUGAAGAUUGGAGUCAGUUUUACCAGGUUCCUGACACGGUAUCUCAAAGAUUUUCAUGGUUCCACGGUGAGCUAUGGACCCUGUCAGAUGCCUACACUUUGGUUCUGCGUGAACCGAUUGGAGGAGAUUGAGUCUUUUGUUUCUCAACGAUUCUGGACAUUGGAAUUGUCCAUUUUCGACAACAGCACACGUGCUCAGUGGCAAGGUGGGCGGGUCUACGAUGAGCAGACCGCGCGAGUUUUGCAUGAAUUAUUUCGCGAAGCCGGAAGCACGGCCACGGUAGCGAAGAAGGCCACAAGCACGCGCAAGUUGAAGAGGCCGUUGCCAUUCAACACAAUGAACAUGCUGAAGGCCGCGAGCACGACACUCGGUAUGUCACCUCAGCGCGCCAUGAUGGUUGCCGAGAACCUGUACCUCUCCGGCUAUAUAACUUACCCGCGAACGGAAAGCACCAAGUUCGCGCCCGCGUUUGAUGUGAAGCAGGUCGUUGGCCUGCUAACGGGCCGAAGCUCCUGCGUUGCGAGCCUGGCCCAAAACCUGUUCAACUCUAACACCGUGAGUCCCAACAACGCUGGCGUGGACAUGGGGGAUCAUCCGCCCAUCACGCCGUGUGCUGCUGCUGGAUCAUUUAUGUCCGAUGACCACGAACGGUUGUACACGCUCAUUGCGUCGCAAUUUCUGCAAAGUAUUUGCUCCGAAGAUGCCGUUUACACAGACCACGUGCUGGAACUCGUGCUCCUCGGGGACCAAGUGUUCAAGACCAAAUUGACUAAACUCACCAAACUCGGGCACCUUGCCUACAAGGUAUUUGGCGGCACCGCAGCCUCCGACACAACUGGCAGCAGUGGCGUCUGGGACAUGUUGAAUGUGGGGGAUCGUAUUGCUGUUGAUAAGAUCGCCCUCAACUCUGACCUCACUCGUCCACCCAGCCUACUCUCAGAGUCAGACCUGUUAACACUGAUGGAAAAGAAUUCCAUCGGGACGGACGCAAGUGUAACACAGCACAUACAGAGUAUCGUCUCUCGUGGCUAUGUUCACCUCAAGAUGCCCGGCCGUUUUAUGGAGCCCACAAAACUUGGUUUGAACCUGUGUCGUGGUUUCACUCGCAUUGACUCCGAGCUCACACGACCCACUGUGCGAGCCAUCAUAGAGCGUUCUUGUGACCAAGUGGCCAAAGGCAAUAUGGACCGUGGUCGCGUGGUCCAGCACGUCCUUAGCGAGUUUAAAGUGAAAUUUCAGCACUUUUUGCGACGAGUGAAGGUACUCGAUGAAGUGCUCAACCUCAGCGUCGAGGCACAUAGCGGCGAUGGUCGAGCGGCACCUCUCUCUCGGUGCGGUCGUUGCAGACGGUACAUGGUGCUCUUGAACCAGCGCAAACUCAUUUGUCUACACUGUGCAUUCGCCCUGUCUGUGCCUUUGCGCUGUAAAUUGCGCACAGUGGCCGAAACCGCCAAGUGCAUCCAUGACGACUUCGAAAUCCUCGUAGCCAUCGAAAAGAACAACCGAGCCUAUUGCUUCUGUCCCUUCUGCUACAACUACCCACCGACCGCCGCUUCCGCUUCCGCUUCCGCCCCAGGAGCCGUGCGGUACACAUGUCUGGACAGCGCCAGCAAAACCAUGUAUGGUAGUUUGUACCGCCAUGGGCUUGGUCUGUGUGACAGUAGCGACUGUAGCGGUAGAGGCUGGAUAUAUCUACAGAACUUUAACGGUUGCCAUUUAUCGCUUGCCUGUACCGGCUGCCGGUUUCUGUUACCAUUCGACCACUACAAGGUCAAAAGCGUCCGGAAGGUACUACCCCAAAAACUAUGCCCCGGUCAGUGUGGUUGGUACAUCGUCGAGGCCCAGCUUCAACCGCAACACCUAGGUGCCCUCAAUGCCACCCGCGCCUCCUCCAACACUCAAGAAGAAGGUGCCUCUCUAGCCGCCGUCGAAGAGAUGGUGGUUGGAUGUCUUGGAUGCAACGAAACUCUAACAAACCUCCUCACUGGCGGCGUCUUCAAAAGACAUAAGCGAUCCACCAACUUCAAACGAAAGAAGAGACACUGA